GACCUCCCAUUCUAAGAGUGCAGAGCGGCAAUCGGUGGAGCGCUAGCAGAGCCGGUAAUCGGCAUCCUUCAGAGGGGACAUGUACACAGAUCAUCAGGGCACUGAUGAUCAGUGUGCCCUGAUAAUCAGUGUGGCCCUAGCAGUGCCACCUGUCAGUGCUCAUCCAUGCCACAUGCCAGUGCCCAUCAGUGCCACAUCAAUGCCACAUAUCAGUGCCUACCAGUGCACAAUGCCACAUAUCAGUGCCCAUCUGAGCUGCCAUUCAUUGCCACCUCUCAGUGCCACCUAUCAAUGCCAGUCAGCACCACCUAUCAGUGUUGCCAAUCAGUACCGCCUAUCAGUGCAAGUCAGUGCUGCCUAUCAGUGC